UAGCAAUAAAGCGAGAUUCUGUCUCCAAAAAUGCUAAAACUGAAACAAACUAACAAAAAAUCCCGGAAAAAACAGAGACUCAGGUUAUCUGCAAGUUAACAUAGUUUUACAUGGUGCUUUGCACAUAGUAAGCACACAUAUAACUGUUGAAUGAAUGAAUUUGUUUCCAAUCUUUCUUCUUCUUCUUUUUUUAAGAGACAGAGUUUCACUUUAUCACCCUCGGUAGAGAGCUGUGGUGGCACAGCUCACAGCAACCUCCAACUCCUGGGCUUAGGCAAUUCUCUUGCCUCCGCCUCCCGAGUAGCUUGGACUACAGGCACCCCGCCAGAACGCCCGCCUAUUGUUUUUUGUUGCAGUUUGGCCGGGGCCGGGUUCGAACCCUCCACCCUCGGUAUUUGGGCCCGGCGCCCUACCCACUGAGCCACAGGCGCCGCCCAGUUUCCAACCUUUCACUUACAAAGUUGCAAUAAACAUCUUCCCAAACUUUGCCAGUAUUUCCAGAGGAUGCAUUUAUUCUUAGGAGGAUUGCUGAGUUCAAAGAGUCAGCCAUAUUUCAAAAUCCUGCUUUGGAUAUGCUUCCUUGCAGGCUCCGGAUAGAGGUUGCCUUCAAUAAUUUCUUUCUCGCGAUGUCUUUCGGGAGGUGUAGUCUUUGCGAUGCUUGCUGGGAAUCGUGGUCUGAGUCAGUCUCAGGAAGCGGGUGAGGACGAACUUAUUACGAGACCGGCUUUAGGACCCCGCGGGGGACUGUGGACCAGGGAAAGGGUCGGGUUGGUUGGGAGAGCGCCCGUGAGCCCGGAGCUGCGGUGGCGUCGUGAGCGAGCGAGCCCAGGAGCGGCGCGGGCGGUGGAGGAGGAGCCCAGGGCUCGAUUCUAUAACCAUGGCACAGGUAGAAAAACGGGGGGGUUUGCUUCGGAAAUCUUCAGCCUCCAAAAAACCACUGAAGGAAAAAGUGGUGUUGAUGUAUGAUGAGAUCUUCAUGACAGAUGACCCCAGUAAGUGCAGUCCUCGGUUUUGGGAGGAGCUUUUUCUCAUGAAGGUGAAUUUAGAGUAUCUAGAAGGCAAGUUGGAAUCUCUUGAUGGUGAGGAGUUAAUGAAGAUCAAGGACAAUAUUAAUUGCUUAUUUCAACACUGCAUCCAAGCUCUAGGAGAGGAGCAUCCAAUUCGAGUUGUCAAUGCCUUGCAGACUUUGUGUGCACUCAUUCGAGGAGUCCAUCAAAAGAAUAAGUCUACUUCUGGGUUUGACAUUAUCAACAUGCUAAUGGGCUUUGACAAAGCAGAGCUGUGCAUGAAGAACUUGAUGGAGAGUUUGGAUUCAUUGCUUUGUGCAGAAGGUUCUGAGAGUCUGAAGAGUUUAUGUCUAAAACUUCUCCUUUGCUUAGUGACCGUGACAGAUAACAUCAGCCAGAACACUAUCUUGGAGUAUGUAAUGAUCAAUAGCAUAUUCGAAGCAAUUCUACAGAUACUUUCCCAUCCCCCAAGUCGUAGGGAGCAUGGGUAUGAUGCCGUUGUUCUCUUGGCUUUGCUGGUGAACUACAGAAAAUAUGAGUCUGUAAAUCCUUAUAUUGUGAAGCUAUCUAUUGUGGAUGACGAGGCCACGCUUAAUGGAAUGGGGCUUGUAAUUGCUCAGGCUUUAUCUGAGUACAACAGGCAAUAUAAAGAUAAGGAAGAAGAACACCAGAGUGGUUUUUUCUCUGCUUUAACAAACAUGGUGGGCAGCAUGUUCAUAGCAGAUGCCCAUGAGAAAAUCUCAGUACAAACCAAUGAGGCCAUUCUUCUGGCACUUUAUGAAGCUGUUCAUUUAAAUCGCAACUUCAUCACAGUAUUAGCUCAGAGUCAUCCAGAAAUUGGCUUGGUGACGACCCCUGUCGGCCCUGCUCCAACAACCCCAGCCACACCACUUGGGACCACACCACCCUCCUCUGAUGUUAUAAGUUCUGUGGAACUCCCACUGGAUGCAGAUGUACAAACCAGUAAUCUACUGAUAACCUUCUUAAAGUAUAGCUCAAUUGUCAUGCAGGACACCAAAGAUGAACACAGGCUUCACAGUGGCAAACUCUGUCUGAUUAUCCUUACAUGUAUUGCAGAGGAUCAGUAUGCCAAUGCGUUUUUGCAUGAUGACAACAUGAAUUUUCGAGUAAACUUACAUAGAAUGCCUAUGAGACAUAGGAAGAAGGCUGCAGACAAGAACCUUCCCUGUCGUCCGUUAGUAUGUGCAGUACUGGACCUGAUGGUUGAGUUUAUUGUAACACACAUGAUGAAGGAGUUUCCUAUGGAUCUUUAUGUGCGCUGCAUUCAGGUAGUACAUAAACUGCUUUGUUACCAGAAGAAGUGUCGAGUACGCCUGCAUUACACCUGGAGGGAACUCUGGUCAGCCUUGAUAAAUUUGCUGAAGUUCCUUAUGUCAAAUGAGACUGUUCUUUUGGCCAAACACAACAUUUUUACAUUAGCCCUUAUGAUUGUGAACCUCUUUAAUAUGUUUAUCACAUAUGGUGACACAUUCCUGCCAACCCCCAGCAGCUAUGAUGAACUUUACUAUGAGAUUAUCCGAAUGCACCAGAGCUUUGAUAAUCUGUACUCCAUGGUCCUGAGGCUUUCUACCAAUGCUGGCCAGUGGAAGGAAGCAGCUAGCAAGGUGACCCAUGCGUUGGUUAAUAUCAGAGCCAUCAUCAACCACUUUAACCCCAAAAUUGAGUCCUACGCUGCUGUGAAUCACAUAUCCCAGCUGUCUGAGGAGCAGGUGCUAGAGGUGGUGAGAGCCAACUAUGACACACUCACACUGAAGCUGCAGGAUGGCCUAGACCAAUAUGAGCGCUACUCAGAGCAACACAAGGAAGCUGCCUUCUUCAAAGAGUUGGUUCGAUCCAUUAGCACCAAUGUUCGAAGAAACCUGGCCUUCCACACACUCAGCCAGGAAGUCCUGCUCAAGGAGUUCUCCACUAUCUCCUGAGGCCACGCCUACCUGAGCAGCCACUGACUGCCCUUAACCAUGAGGCUCCUGGGGGAUCAAGGGGAGAGGGAGCUGCCCCAAGGUUGGAGAGAAACACAGAUACCGAGUUCUCUUCUCUCUUCGUGAAGGCCAUGCUUCAGUGGAGCUUGGGUAGCCAGGGCAAGCCAGGGAUGAUUGUAUUUGGGGAAGAAUGGGUAGGCACAAGGAGAGGCCUCCAGGAAUGUGGGGACUUCCAGGGUUAACUCCCUGGAUAGCCUUUCACAUUUCCAAUUGAGAUCAUAAAUUGUAGCUACUGACUAAUUUUUAGGAACUGAUGAGGCAAGCUCCAAGGUGACACUAACACCUUGAAGGUCAUUAGCUCUCCUUGGCUUCUGAAAAUGGAUCAACUCUCAGCCUCAUCCUGCUUCUUUUGGGCCUGGGGCUGUACUAGGCUUGAAAUCUGUGCCGUGUGCCCCACUGGUACUCUGUCCAGUCAUUAGGACUCUUAGGGCUUAGGGCAGAGUAGGAAUGGGGUAUCGUUUUUUUCUGUUUUCCAAAUUCAGAGUUGACUCCUCUGGGAAACUGGAGAUUAGAAUCUGCCCAGUGCUCUGCUGUCCAGCCACCACUUUCUGGAUUUUAGUUUUGGUACUGGGAGUAUCUAUUAGCUUUUGCCUUCUUUUAACCCAUUGACUCAUCAGCACAAUAGGAUCACAACCUUAGCUUUUCACUUUUAUUCUGGUUUAAACUGUCUUUAGGGUGUGUGUGAAAUAAACAUUGACAGGUUUUCUGGAGCCCUUAAGGUACCUGUUUUGCUGGUUCCCUUUCCAGCAGCUUCUCUGUGUCCCUGCCAACCCCUCCUCAGAGCCUUUCCUGCCUCUGCUGAGCUCCCCUCCACAUGUUCCACCCCCUCACCCUGCUGCUGUUUACAUCCAGCCUCCCUGAGAAUUUCCUCGGGGAAGAUUCUAUUCCUGCUGUGGUCUGGUGCUUGGGAGGGAGAGAACCUGCUGGGGACUGGGUGCCCUCCUUCUGAAAGAGGCCAGGUGAGCAUUGUGACAUUCUGGGUGGGAGCACAGGUAAAUCUUCUGCCCUCUGGGAAGUUGGCCUAUGAUUCCUCCUUUGGAAAGCUUCUAUUGGACCACCUAGGCUUUCCUUACCCUGUGGCUUCCCUUGAAAUAGCUGCUACUUUGAAAUCCUCCCUUUCUCUAAAGCACUUUCUGAAGCCCUCAGGAUGGUGGAGAGCAAGCAGCACGGGAAGAAUCUGGGAGUGAGUACAGGAAGCCAGCAGUGAAAGCAGGUUUGCGACCUUCCUGGCCACUAUCCAUUUAACCUUGUAUCUCUUUUAGAUGCCUUCCUUCCCUGGGAAUCAGAGUUUUGGCUCCAACAUUGAGCCGAUAAGCACUAGUUCCAGAGAAUCCACUCACAGGCUGCCAUGUAUGGCUAUAGUUUCUUAAGAGAUCACAGGCUGGGUCAUUUCUGAUCCCUAGAUGGAUAGCUCAGCCUGGGGCAUUUAGUGUUUUCCAUUGUGAUAAACCCCAGGGCAAUUGGAUUUGGAGCUGAUGGCAAGUCGAAGUUAUUAAAAAUUAAUUUGUGUGGGACAGUCUUUAGUGUCUUUUUUAUCAUUAUUAAUUUCUGUUUCCCAGACACAUUUCUCAAAGAUAGAGAUAAGGUAAUCUCCCAAGUGCUGGUCCCAUCUGUCUAGGAAUCCCCUAUCUGUCCUUAUAGACUCUUCUCUAAGUCUCCUGGCCUAGUAGAGGCCAGCUGGGUUCACAAAAUUGUAGCCUCCCUUACCCUCAGGGUGGAAGGAUGGAAAAGAGAGUUCCCUUAUCUCCAAACUCAGCAUGGCUACUUCUGGAUUCCUGCCAGCCUUUCCUUUAAGGUGAACAGUGGCAGGUCCAGGGGAUGAGCACUAAGAAGAGACUACUUGCCCUCCAUUUGAGACAGAGUUUCACUUUGUUUUUGUUUUUUUGUUUGUUGUUGUUGUUGCAGUUUUUGGCUGGGGCUGGGCUUGAACCCACCACCCUUGGCAUAUGGGGCCGGUGCCCUACUACUUGAGCCACAGGCACCACUCAGAGUUUCACUUUGUUGCCCUGGGUAGAGUCCUAUGGCAUCAUAGCUCACAGCAACCUCAAACUCCUGGGCUCAAGCGAUUCAAUAGUCUCAGCCUGCUGAGUAGCUGAGACUACAGGGGUCUGCCAUAAUGCUUGGCUAUUUUUUUAUUUUUUUAGAACCAAGGUCUCUUUCUUGCUUAGGUUGGUCUUGAGCUCAAGCAAUCCACCCGCUUCGGCCUCCCAGAAUGCUAGGAUUAUAGGCGUGAGCCCCCUGGCUGGCAGCAUUUCUUCACGUACACCUAUACCAAGAACUCUAAAUAGGAGUCCCAUUUCUCCUAGAAACCAAACAUGGAAAGCUGCCUCUGUCUAUGUCCAGCCUCUACACCAGGUGUAUGGAGGCUUCUGUAGAGCCAGGAGAAAGCCAGGAGCAGGGCAUUGCUCCUAAAGCAGUCCUACCUUCAGCUGCUUGUCCUUGUCUUAUGCUGGAAUUCCUGCUGUGUUGAUUGAAUCAAGUGGUUGGAAAUUAAAGCCAAUGAAGAAAUUAAAUGUACUUG